AGCACAGCGUUGCCAGACUGUUUUUACCAACCAUAUGAAGUAAUAAUAAAAAUAAUUAAGUAAAAUGUUUGCGCCACGCGUAUUUCGCCUAAUUAGAGAUAGACAACUAAGCGUUCCAGUGUUAAGACGCUGCUUUCAUCAUGAAUUCAGCAAACCCGAGCCGGAACAGCCACAACAAGCCAAGAACGACGAUCCCAAAAUCAAUAAAAACUUAAAUCUAGUUAACGGAGUGCAAAAUAAAUACAAAAUCUUUCGCGAUGACGAUGCCAUGGAGAUAUUCGAUGUGGAGGAGGCACGUCAACAGGAACAACAAGCUGAAACCAGUGAUCCUCUGGAGGAUCAGUAUUAUGGUCUAAAUCUAAAAAGGGGCAUCCAUGGCGUCUUUGAUGUCGAGGACUUAGUGGAAUUGCUGCGCAGAGAGAAUAUGGACGAUAUAUUCGUGUGCUACGUGCCAGAGGAAUUGAAAUAUGUCGACCACUUGGUCAUAUGCAGUGGUCGCAGCUAUAGACACAUGUUGGCCUCGGCGGAAUUUGUGCGACGCAUGUUUAAGAUUAAGCGGCAGAAGGGUGAUCUCCUGCCCCGCAUAGAGGGGGGCAAAAGUCGCGAUUGGAUGGCCAUGGAUAUGGGAAAUAUUGCCCUGCAUAUAUUCUCGCCCAAGGCCCGAGAAGAAUAUGAUUUGGAGUCUCUAUGGGCCAUAGGCUCACAAUACGAUCGCGAGAGUCAAAAGCCACAGAAUCCCUAUGGUGAUAUAUUCAUGGCGCCAUCAACUAAAUAAAUGGAAUUUGUACAAAUCAUA